AUGGCCUCCUCUGUUCCCGAGGCUGCCAAUGCCUUGAAGCUAAAAGGCAACGCUGCAUUCGCCAAGCAUGAUUGGCCUACUGCGAUCGAUUUCUAUACCCAAGCUAUUGACCAAUAUGACAAGGAGCCUUCGUUCUUCAGUAACAGAGCUCAGGCUCACAUCAAAAUGGAAGCUUACGGAUAUGCUAUCGCCGAUGCGACCAAGGCCCUCGAGCUUGACCCCACAAAUGUGAAGGCAUACUGGCGACGAGCAUUGGCCAACACUGCCAUCUUGAACCCUCGCGCUGCGCUCAAAGACUACAAAUCUGUCAUUAAACGAGAACCGAACAAUCAAACCGCAAAACUGAGACUUACAGAAUGUGAAAAACUGGUGCGCCGAAUGGACUUUGAGAAGGCGAUCGAGGUGGCCGAGCCAGCAUCUGCGUUUGAGGAUCUCGACAUUGAUGCGAUCGUUGUCGAGGAUGCGUACGAUGGCGUGCGAUUGGAAGGGGAAAUGACACAGAAGUUUAUUGAUGAUAUGAUCGAGCGAUUCAAGAAUGGGAAGAAGAUUCAUCGGAAAUAUGCGUUCCAGAUUGUGAAGAAUGUGUUGGAUAUUGUCAGGGCGGAGCCGACGAUGGUGGAGAUUGGUGUUCCAGAGGGUACUAAGCUCACGAUAUGCGGCGAUACGCAUGGUCAAUAUUUUGAUCUUUUGGAGAUCUUCCGACUCAAUGGCUUCCCCUCCGACACCCACGCCUAUCUAUUCAACGGUGAUUUCGUGGACCGUGGCUCUUGGUCCACCGAGAUUGCUCUUCUACUUUACGCAUACAAAUGGUUGCGACCAGACAAAUUCUUCCUUAACAGAGGAAAUCACGAAACAGACGACAUGAACAAAGUAUACGGCUUCGAAGGGGAGUGCAAAGCCAAGUAUAACGAGCAUGUCUUCAAAGUAUUUUCCGAAUCCUUCUCUGCGCUACCCCUGGCAACUCUUGUGGGCGGCAAAUACUUUGUUCUACACGGCGGUCUCUUCUCCGACGACAGCACGACGCUCGACGACAUUCGCAAACUCAACAGACACAAUCAACGUCAACCUGGUCAAUCAGGUCUCAUGAUGGAGAUGCUCUGGACAGAUCCUCAAACUACCCCCGGCCGUGGCCCUAGCAAGCGCGGUGUUGGCCUCCAAUUCGGCCCUGAUGUCACCAAGCGCUUCUGCGAGAAGAAUGGUCUUGAGGCGGUUAUUCGUUCGCACGAGGUGAGAAUGGGUGGAUAUGAGAUUGAGCAUGAUGGGCGUUGCAUCACUGUGUUCUCUGCACCAAAGUACUGCGAUACGACGGAGAAUAAGGGUGCUUACAUCAAUGUUGGACCCGAACUUAAGCUUGAGUACCAUGUAUUCGAAGCUGUUCCUCAUCCGGACAUCAAGCCAAUGGUAUCGCAAUACUUGACCUCUGACAAAACGAGCUUCGCUUCGGUUUCGGCUCAUGAGCGAUGGCCUGUUAUUCUUACCAGCGCAAUUGACGACCUUCACCGAACCGUUGCUGAUGUCCCUGCCACGAACGACGAAAAGCGAGUCGAGGGGAAAACCAUUAUUGAAGAGUUAGCCAAGUUAAAAUAUGAAAUACAACAUAAUAGGCAAUUGACUCCCCUUCUUGAUGACGGCGAACCUGAUAUUGCCGAGUACAACGAUGAGUUGGAGAAACGCGGCAGUCCAAAAUGGUUCAAUGUUGCCUGGCUUUAUUCAGAAUGCUAUCUCUACCGACGAAUCGCAACUCUUUUCAACCGCUCCAAGUUCUGGAAAGGAUAUGAUGUCUUCUCACGCCAGAAAAUGUCCACAUUCAAAUCGUCACGUCCCGCCGUCUUGGAAUUAGCAGCGAGAUACAAAGCGCUCGCUCUUGAGGCGGAGAAAGAGAAUAAAAAAAAGGGUACAGAUGGACUAUCAGAGGAGAAAAUCGAGGAAGCUGAAAGGAUCAUCUUCACCGAGAUGUGCGAGAUUUGUCUUUGGGGAAAUGCCACGGAUUUAUCAUUACUGACCUCCCUUACGUACGAGGAUAUUCAGAAGUUGCAGGGCUCAGAAGCGCGCAAGGCCUCGGAGAAGAAUAUCCUUGUCAACGACAUGGCAGAGGCUUAUAAUGUCCUCCGUGAUGCACGCAAAACGAAGAAGAUAGGUGAAGAACGAAGAGUCGACAUCAUCCUCGACAAUGCAGGUUUUGAAUUAUUCGUCGACCUAAUCCUUGCCGGUUAUCUACUGUCAUCCGGUCUAGCUACAACCGUCGUUUUACGUCCCAAGGUAAUCCCUUGGUUUGUCUCGGACGUCAUCCCCAAGGACUUCGCAGAUCUGAUAACUGCGCUUGCAAAUCCCCAAGGAUUCUACACUGCAUCAGAUGAUUCUGGCCGCGAAUACCCGCCUCUCUCAGAGGAAGAGUUGAGCAAUGUUCAAUUCUUGUUUAGUCAAUGGAGCUCGUUCCAUGCCGAAGGAAAACUGGUUCUUCGUCCGCACCGGUUCUGGACCGCUGCUGGUUCAUUCUGGCGCCUUCCUAAUACUGCCAAGGAUCUUUAUGAGGAUCUUAAGGAGUCUGAACUUGUGCUUUUUAAGGGUGAUUUGAAUUAUCGUAAAUUGAGCAGUGAUGUUGCAUGGGACCCAACGACCCCCUUCACGGAAGCUAUAGGACCCUUGGGCCCCAAAUCCGGAAUCCGUAUCCUGUCAUUCCGUACUUGCAAGGCUGAUGUCGUAGUCGGUCUCAAACCAGGUGAAGAUGAACGUCUCCGCCAGUUGCCGGACGGAGGCGGUGAUUCAGGCGCGAGGAAAUGGGCUUGGAGUGGGAAAUGGGCUGUUGUAUCGUUUUCGGAUGGGAAGAUUUAA